CGAUCCAACUGUGUCACUAACUGUACCGGCAUAAUCCGUCAUGUACUACCUUUUUCUUCUCCUGUCUUCCCUCUUAAUUCUGUCUACUCUUGCCAAACCAACCCUCGAUCCACAGCUUCACCGUCAACUCCUCUUGAAUGGUCGCCCACAGAUAGGUCUUUGGAAGGCUUUACUUCAGGAACAAGUCGCUCGCGAAGCUUCAACCUCCGAGAGCAACGUCGAUCAUCAGCGGCCGUUCCAAACCAUCAAACCAUCCUCGUCUAUUUUUGAACCCUACUGUUUUCCUCAGUUUAUCAGCCACUUUGAUGAGUCUGUGAACGGGACAUUCUGCCAACGAUACUGGGUUGACGCAAGCUCGUACAGACCGGGAGGUCCGAUAUACCUUCUUGAUGGAGGUGAGACAAGUGGAGAAUAUCGGUUGCCAUUCCUAGAGAAGGGUAUUCUCGAUAUCUUGAGUAACGCCACGGGAGGACUUUCCGUAGUUCUUGAACAUCGUUAUUAUGGCGAAUCAGUCCCCGUCUCGUCCUUCUCCACGGACGAUCUCCGUUUCCUCAACAACGCUGAAGCCCUUGAAGAUUCAGCCUACUUUAUUGAAAAUUUCAAACUCCCCGCCUCUCUCUCCAAUGCCCUUCCAUUCGAGCUCGAAGAAACCGCUUUCCACCCCAACAAUACCCCAUGGAUAUACUACGGAGGCUCGUACGCCGGUGCUCGUGCGGCGCAUAUGAGGGUUCAAUACCCAAAUCUAGUAUGGGGAGCAAUCGCUUCUAGUGCCGUCACCCACGCUCAGAUCGAUUUCCCCCAAUACUAUGACCCGAUCCAAGAAUACGGUCCACCGGAGUGUAUAUCCACCCUUCGACGGGCCAUCAUCUUCAUUGACAACAUCCUCGAUCAUCCUCGAGCGACGGGUUUCCCACAGUUGCUGAAGGGGCUUUUUGGAUUGGGAGCAUUGGAGGAUGAUGAUUUCGCGGAUGUGAUUAGCAGUCCUCUGGGAUACUGGCAGGAAAAGAACUGGGAUCCCGCUGUCGGCUCAACCGAGUUUUACAACUUUUGUGAUGCUCUUACUGCUGGUGGGGCUGGAACUAAAAUUGGCUUGAUCAGAGUACCAGCCUCCGUCUUGAACUAUGCUAAAUACAUCAAAGAAAACAUAGUUUCGAAAUGCCCUCGGACUCCUGGUGAACCUGAUUCCGACAUUGUGGUUUGCUUUGGCACAAAGGACCCGGAAAAGUUUAGAGAAACCGAUCUCAGCCAGACUUGGAGACUGUGGUUAUUCCAAGUCUGUACCCAAUGGGGCUACUUUAUGCCCGCACCUCCUUCGCCCUCUCCACGAAUCCUCUCAUCCCGCCUCACAUUAGCCUACACCUCCGCCAUCUGCCCUCUUGCUUUUCCUCCCGGCGAACACUUCUCCAUCCCCUCCGAGCCGGAUGUGGAGGAGGUAAACAGAAGAGGUGAUUAUGCGAUCGAGGCGGAUAGGUUGGCUUUUGUUGAUGGGGAUAGGGAUCCUUGGAGACCGAUGACGCCGCAGAGGAAUGGAACGAGAGGGAAGAAAGGGGGGAUGGAUAUGAAUAAGCCGGGAUGGAUUAUAUAUGAUGGCGUGCAUCAUUAUGACGAGAACGGGCUCACGCAACAUGAAGCUGAACCAGCUCGUAUUCAGGCAGUGCACGAAUGGGAGAAGAUGUUUGUGAGCGCGUGGCUGGAGGAAUGGAAGAUCAAAAAGGGGAUGGCGUAGAAAGAAGUGGUAUGAACCCGAUCCGCCAAUGCAAACAGGUUGACCGGUGAGAAGAUCAGUCAUAUCUUUCUACUACAAGCCGAUCCCCCUAAAGCCUCACCCUUAAUAUCCUCUUCUGCCAAACUGCCAUCCAUCAUCAUCGACCUCUUCGUUCCUCCCUAAGCAAGCUCACUCGAGUCUCUAAAAACUGUGCAUGUGCGAUGAAUAGUCUUUUGAAAAUCAUGUACUCCGGUCAUAA